AUGUCAUCGAGUACGACACAGGUAGCCUUGCCGGACGCCUUGAAAGACAUAUUCAACUUCGAUGAAGCCGAAAAAGUCGUUGCAAAGUAUCCCUGUUGGUAUCUUCAGAGUGUCCUUCUGCAAGGCUUCAUCUAUAUCACACAACGUCAUAUCUGCUUCUAUGCCUAUCUACAAAAGAAGACUGGUGUUACCGUCAAGUCUGGCUACCUUACAAAGCGUGGUCAACGCAACCCUCGCUACAAGAAGUAUUGGUUCGUACUCAAAGGCGAUGUCUUGUCGUACUACAAGGACCCCUCAACUCCAUUCUCCCCAAGAGAUGUCAUAGACUUGCGCUACGGUGUCUCAGCAAACAUCACGCCGAUACAAGGACAGGACAAGGAGAGCGCAUCUUUCUCUGUUGUCACAGAUGCCAAAACAUACCACUUCAAGGCAGAGACUGCUUCAAGCGCAACUGAGUGGGUCAAGCAAAUACAGAAAGUCAUCUUCCGAGCACGCAACAACAGUGACAGUGUCAAGAUCUGUCUGCCAGUCGAUAAUGUUGUUGAUAUUGAGGAAAGCAAUUAUCCAGACUUUGCCGACACCAUUAAGAUUCGAGUCAUCGACAAUGAUGAAACCUUUGCUGUCGACGAGUACUUUUUCUCUUUCUUCGGAUUUGGUGAAGAGGCACUUGGUGUGCUGCGAAGGUUGACCCAAGAGACAAGCGCACAGCGCGUGCUCGCAAGCCGACCUGCCUCACCGGUCCUCACCAAGUCAGAUCGUCGAUCAUCUUCAGUGCACGGAAGAAGAUCUCGCGUACCCUCUAUGAGUCCUGCUCCCGGUAGUCUUCAUGAGAAUGUCAUGGCAACUCUGUCUCCAGCUUCGGGCCUCACAUCCAGAAGUGCUCGAUCAAGUAGCGAGUUGGAACGUUCUACACUUGACCUUACUCAGGGCAACAAUGAUAAAAACGCAGACCGCGCUACAAGACAGCGCAGCGGCCAGAAGCAAAAGCAGUGGGGGCAGUCUCCAUAUGAUGCUUCAGAGUCGUAUGUGUCAUCCUCUGAUCAAGGCAACGAUAGCGAAAUGUCAGAAUCUGCAACCGGCACGGAUGCUUCGGGCAGCCACAUACUGAGCGGAAGCGUCAUGUUCCAUAAGCCAACCAUUGGAAAACAUCACAUUGACAAUACUGCCAUGCAUGAUGCAAAGGGGAGCACAGCAACGGGUGUACCGUUUGCUUCAGCCAAGGGAGUUGGCAAAGAACCUGGAGCGAAUACCUCAACAAAGAAGAUGGCAGACACAAAAUUACAAGACAUGCAACAAUCGGAUUCUUCGACCUUGGGAGGCUUGAUGAAGGUCGGUGCUGUUCCCAUUCAACGUGCCUCGGGCUUCUUGUACAACUCCGGCAAACGUGUCAGCGGUCUGUUCGGAGCUUCUCCAAUGGAAUACUAUGACAAGUUCUCUGGCAUGAUUGCUGGUGGUAAGAAACACUAUGCCGAGGCGGACGAGCUGGUGCCCGGAGAGGAGGUCCAAGACUCUGAGGAUGAAAUGACUGUUCGCGAGGCCGAAAAGAGCUUCCGAAAUCAUUUCGCUCUCCCAGACUCUGAGAAGCUUGUGGCAACAUUCUUUGGCUUCUUCCACAGAGUUUUGCCUUUGUACGGCAAGCUAUACGUUGGUAGCACAAGGUUAUGUUUCCGUAGCUUCAUGCCUGGGAACUGGACAAAGCUUGUCGUCCCAUUCAAAGACAUCAUGGAUGUUGACAAGGAAAGAGGGUUCCGAUUUGGCUACUCAGGAAUGGUCGUUGUGAUCCGAGGUCACGAGGAGAUCUUCUUCGAAUUUGGCUCGCAAGAUCUACGCGACGACUGUACAGUCACUCUCUUACGUUCGCUUGAUUCCCUGGAGCCAUUUCAGGAGUCGGUUCUGCUUACAGAAGACGAGAAGAGGGACGCUGAGGCGGCAGCUGCAGAAAACCUCUUGUUGCAGGAAGCUCGUCAAGGUGAUCGUGGUGGCGUCGAGUUCCAGCUUCCUCGUGGCAUCGAUCAGCCAGAUAACGACUCGCCAGCCAUCUCUUUUGACGAUCCAGCAGCGUCAGUGCUGAACUUUAAGCCCGAGGAAUCUUUACGGAUUACCUGCCUGACCAUUGGCUCUCGCGGAGAUGUGCAGCCGUAUAUAGCCCUCUGCAAAGGUCUGCUUGCUGAAGGACAUAGACCAAAGAUCGCCUCUCAUGCCGAGUUUGGCGACUGGGUCAGGAGUCACGGCAUCGAUUUUGCACCAGUCGAAGGUAAUCCAGCAGAGUUGAUGGCGCUUUGCGUUGAUCAUGGCAUGUUUACACCCUCCUUUCUCUACGAAACAAACCAGAAGUUCUGGCCUUUUGUCAGAGGUCUCCUCAGAACAGCUUGGACUGCUUGUCAGGACUCAGAUAUACUGAUUGAGAGUCCAUCUGCCAUGGCAGGAAUUCACAUCGCUGAAGCUCUUGGGAUUCCUUACUUCAGGGCUUUCACCAUGCCCUGGACCAGGACUCGCGCUUACCCUCAUGCCUUUGGCAUGCAGAACAACAGGAUGGGCGGUGCAUACAACUAUAUGACCUACGUCAUCUUUGAAAAUAUAUUUUGGAAAGCCACGUCAGGGACAAUCAACAGAUGGCGCAAAGAAGAGCUGGGAUUGAAAGCCACCACUAUGGAGAAGAUGCAGCAGGACAAGGUUCCGUUCUUCUACAACUUCUCGCCCAGCGUGGUUGUUCCGCCUCUUGACUUUGGCGAGUGGAUCCGAGUGACAGGAUACUGGUUCCUCGAUGAAGCAGACAACUUUACUCCACAAAAGGAGCUUCUCGACUUCAUCAAGAAGGCACGCACAGACAAGGCAAAGCUUGUAUACAUCGGGUUUGGGUCAGUGGUCGUUCCUGAUCCCAAGCAGCUUACUUUGGAUAUCAUCGCCGCUGUCAAGAAGGCGGACGUUCGCUGCAUCCUCUCCAAGGGCUGGUCCGACCGUAUGGACAAGAAGGAUGCCAAAGCCCUCGAAGUCCCGUUGCCGGACUUUAUGUUCCAGAUUGCAUCUGCUCCGCAUGAUUGGUUGUUCCGACAGGUCGAUGCUGCUGUCCAUCAUGGUGGAGCAGGGACGACUGGUGCCAGUCUUCGUGCUGGCAUCCCGACUAUCAUCAAGCCUUUCUUCGGCGACCAGUUCUUCUUUGGCAGCAAAGUCCAAGAUCUUGGAGUCGGUCAGAAGGUCCUGACUUUGACGGAGAACACAUUGGGCAAGGCCAUAUGGAUCGCGACGCACGAUUCACGCAUGAUCGAGAAAGCCAGGGUCCUAGGAGAGCAGAUUCGAUCCGAAGAUGGUGUCGGCACAGCUAUCAAGGCCAUGUAUCGCGACAUGGAGUAUGCAAAGACACUGGUCCAGCAACGUGUGGCUAGAGCGGCGCAAGGCGACACGGAUGCGGAAGAUGAGGAAGAGGUGGAGGUUGAAGACAGCUGGACGCUGGUGGAGAAUGACUCUGACCCAGAUGCGACGAGCCCAACAGCCAUGAUGCAGCCACAAUCACCCUCUUUGGGGAGUAAGGGGAAGGGCAGAAUGGGAUUGCGGCUCCCGCUCAGGUCCUGA